AUGUUUAUAACCGCGUCACGCACACGAACCACCUUCUGUACAAACAACACAGCAGCAGCAGCAGCAGCAGCAGCAGCAGUUGCAGCAGCAGCAACAGCAGCAGCAGCAGCAGCAGUCGUUGCAGCAGCAGUUGCAGCAGCAGCAGCAGCAGAUGCAGCAGCAGCAGCAGUUGCAGCAGCAGCAGUUGCAGCAGCAGCAGUUGCUGCUUUAGCAGUAGCAGCAGUAGCAGCAGCAGUUGCAGCAGCAGCAACAGCAGCAGCAGCAACAGCAGCAGCAGCAGCAGCAGCAGCAGGAGGUUUACAUCGUCAGCUUGAACAGCAAAUGUCGGCUCCAGCAGCAAAUCAUAGAGCAGCCGCAGCUCCUUCUUUUUGUCUCCUUCUGUCCCCCCCCCAUAAGCUAUCGGCAGCGGGGGCCUCAACCCCUGCAGCGCCUUCACUGCAGCAUCCUGCAGCAGCAGCAGCAGCAGCAACAGCAGCAGCAGCAGCAGCAGCAGCAGCAGCAGCAGCAACAACAGCAGCAGCAGAGGAAAGGCAGAUGUGUGUAGACAUAAGCCCAACUCAACCGACAAUAGCAAAGCAAAAACAACUCCAGCAGCAACAGCAGCUGCAGCAACAGCAGCAGCAGCAACAACAGCAACAACGGCAGCAGCAACAGCAGCAGCAACAGCAGCAGCAACAGCAACAGCAGCAACAGCAGCAGCUGGGGGCAGCAAGCAGAAAAUCAACAGAAGAAGAAAAAGGAGAAGAAGGCGGAGCAGCAGCAGCAGCAGCAGCAGCAGCUGCUGCUGCUGCUGCUGGGGAAGCAGAAGGUGGGGGGGGAGAGGAAGAAGCAGCAGAAGGAGAUGCAGCAGCAGCAGCAGCUGCUGCUGCUGCUGCUGCAGCAACAGCAGCAGAAGAAGACGUAGAAGAAGGCGCAGGAGCAGCAGCAGCAGCAGCUGCUGCUGCAGGAGAAGAAGCAGCAGCAGCUGCAGCAGCAGCAGCAGCAGCAGCAGCAGCAGACACUGGGUGUGGGGUCUCCUCUCUUAUAUCUUCACAGCCGCGAGUCAAAAGAGCAGCAGCCUAA